CUGGCAUAGGAAGCGGCCAAUCCCAUCGAGCGUUUGACGGGGGCGGGGCUCAGAUCUGACGUUCUACCCCUGACGCCAGCGCCAUAUCGCUGGAUGACGCACUUUAGCUCCCUUGCGUGACGGGAGCGUGACUGCCGGUACCGGAGAGUCUGGGGAAAGCGUUUUCAUCUACUGCUGUGUUGGGCGCGUACGAGCUGAGCUUUUGGUUGGGGGCGCUGGUGUCUGGAGGCCGCGGGCAGGGCCCUGAAUCUGUUCAAGAGCAUUCCAUCUCCUCUCUCAGAUUUAUGACCCUUUGGAGCCCUUCUAAGGAUGUUCAAUAAAACAUUUGGAAGCCCCUUCGGAACGGGCAAUGGUGCCUUUGGCGCUACUUCGACUUUUGGACAGACAACUGGCUUUGGUACCACUCCUGCCACAGCAUUUGGCUCUGCGGGUUUUGGCACAAACACAAGUACCGGGGGCCUGUUUGGAAACACACAGACCAAGCCAGGUGGCUUAUUUGGGUCCACUACAUUUAACCAGCCAGCAACCUCCUCCUCAAGCUCCGGCUUUGGCUUUGGGGCCUCAACUGGUACUACAAACAGUUUAUUCGGGUCUACGAACACAGGCAGCGGCCUAUUCGCCACUCAGAGCAAUGCCUUUGGACAGGCCAAGCCGACAACCUUUGGAAAUUUUGGAACAAGCACCAGCACAGGGGGCCUCUUCGGCAACACGAACACAGCAAAUCCAUUCGGUGGGACCUCUGCAUCUCUCUUUGGGGCGUCAACAUUCUCUGCUGCUCCAACAGGAACCACAAUUAAGUUUAAUCCCCCAUCUGGCACGGAUACCAUGGCGAAAGGAGGAGUCACCACUAACAUCAGCACCAAGCACCAGUGUAUUACUGCCAUGAAGGAGUAUGAGAGCAAGUCGCUGGAGGAACUCCGCCUUGAGGAUUACCAGGCAAAUAGGAAGGGCCCCCAGAAUCCCGUUGGUGCACCCACAGGAACGGGCUUAUUUGGCACCUCAGCAGCAACUUCGAGCGCUUCAACGGGUAUCUUUGGGUCUACUGCAGCAAACAACAGCUUCUCCUUCGCUGGAAAUAAAACUACCUUUGGUACAGCAGGCACAGGCGCAUUUGGUGGGAAUACUGGAGGUCUGUUUGGCCAGCCUGCUAACCAACCCGCUGCCAGCCUGUUUAACAAGCCCUUUGGGAAUGCAACGACCACCCAAAGUACAGGCUUCUCAUUUGGGAACACCAGUACACUUGGCCAACCACAGACAAGCACUAUGGGGCUCUUUGGAGCAAACCAACCCACGCAGUCAGGUGGUCUCUUUGGAACAACAACCAAUACAAAUGCCACCGGUGCAUUUGGAGCUGGAACUAGCCUGUUUGGGCAGCCUAAUCCUGCACCCUUUGGCACCGGCUCGACCCUGUUUGGUAACAAACCUGCUGGUUUCGGGACGACCACGACCAGUGCCCCUGCAUUUGGCACUACGACUGGCGGGCUCUUUGGGUUUGGUUCAAACACAGCAGGAACCAGCCUGUUUGGCAAUAAGACAGCAACGGGAACCAUCGGGCCGAGCCUUGGGACGGGCUUUGGAACAGCGCUAAACCCCGGGCAGACAUCUUUGUUUGGGAGCAACCAGCCGAAGCUGACUGGUACACUUGGUACGGGAGCGUUCGGCAAUGCCGGGUUUAACAGUACCUCAGCAGGCCUGGGAUUUGGAGCGCCUCAGGCCCCAGUCGCAGCCCUGUCUGAUCCCGGUGCUUCAGCGGCACAUCAGAUGUUCCUACAGCAGCAAUACAACGCGCUUAGAUAUUCCCCGUUCCCUGACUCCCCUCUCUUCAGGAACCCCAUCUCCGAUCCAAAGAAGAAAGAGGAGCUCUUGAAACCCACCAACCCUGCUGCCCAGAAAGCCGUACUGACCCCCACGCACUACAAGCUUACCCCUCGCCCAGCGGCGCGAGUACGACCCAAAGCAUUGCAGAACAGUGGGGCAGCCAAAAGUCAGCUCUUCGAUGCCUUGGAUGAUGAUGAGCCGGUCCUGUCUAGUGGGGUGUUCAUGCCCAAGAAAAGUAUAAAGAAGCUGGACUUGAAGUACCUUAAGAACAGCAGCAGCCUAUUUGGCCAAGAAAACAGAGAUGUAGACGACAUGGUGCCGCCGACUCCUGAAGCUCCGGAAAGAUCUGUUGAGAACCACCACGGCGAUGAAGAAAACGACGAAGAGGCUGCCACCACAUACCCGUCUCCCUUCUCCAGGCCCCUCCCACAAAGCCAGGAGAAAAAGCAGGUGAACCACAUGGACGACACCAUCGUAGCACUGAAUAUGCGCAAGUCUGGGAGAAUCGGCCUGGAGCACAGCAGCGAGGAUGCCUCAUUUAAUGAGGAUUCAUUUAGAGAGACAGAAAUUCUCGAUGCUUCUCCCCACCCUGCAGGAAUUAUCCUAACGAGGGACAGCUAUUACACCAUCCCAUCCAUGGAGGAACUGGCCAGAAGUGUGGAUGAGAAUGGGGAAUGUAUAGUCAAUGGUUUCACUAUUGGGCGUGAAGGUUUCGGAUCCAUAUACUUUGAGGGGAUCGUUAAUCUGACCAAUUUAGAUCUUGAUUCGAUUGUUCACAUCCGCAGGAAGGAGGUUAUUGUCUACGUUGAUGAUCAGAACAAGCCCCCCCUUGGCGAAGGUUUGAACAGGCCGGCCCAAGUGACCCUAGAUGAAGUCUGGCCGAUUGAUAAGACCUCGCGUUGCAUGAUUACCAGCCCCGAGCGCCUGAGUGAGAUGAACUACAAGUCCAAGUUAGAGAACGCCUCUCGUAAGCAGGGGGCGCAGUUUGUGGAUUAUCGCCCCGAGAGCGGUUCCUGGGUGUUCAAGGUGAAUCACUUCUCUAAGUAUGGCUUGCAAGACUCCGACGAGGAAGACGAUCAGCUCAACAGCGCAGAAGCAAAGAAGCUGAAAACUGCCCCCGUCCCCCCUCAGGGCAAACAGCCUCCUCUCCAACAAGCAACUCUCCCUGGAAAAGUCACCCCUCCACCCCAGAGCCCAGCGGUAGAUCAACUGGAUCGGGUGAUGGAGCUGGACAGCGACAUGGCCGACAUUACCCAGGACCAGGAUCUGGAUUCUGUUGCGGAGGAGCAGGAUAUAAGCGAAGAGCAGGAACCAUUAUCUGCCUCCUCACACAUUGCUUCUUCCCUGGGCAUUAAUCCCCACGCCUUACAGGUGAUGAAAGCGUCUCUGCUUCUGGAGGAGGAGGAUGGGGAAAUAAUGAGCCGCUUCAGCAGCUUCCCUUCCAGUAUGGACCCGUACCCCGAUGUCCGCUCACCCCGACUCUUCCCAUCAUCCCAUGCCAAGAGGCCUUCCUCUAUUGGACUGCUGCAGUCUAAGUUUUCUGCCCCCUCCAUGUCGCGGUUGAGCGAGACUGUUCAAGGCUCCCACAGCCCCAAAAUCCACCCUGCGGCGCCUUGGUCUGUCCCGGCACCCCUAGCUCCCUCCUUUAUGCCCGGCCCGGCCCCUGACACUCACCUAAGGACAGUGGGGACCCGGAGGCAACAGGAACUGGUGCCACUAGAGAAGUCUGUUACCCACGGCCGCGGCACUCUAAUGAUCGACAUGGGGUUGUUCAUGGGGAGGUCGUUUCGCGUCGGAUGGGGUCCCAAUUGGACCCUUGUUCAUAAUGGGGAUAAGCUAAGCGAGCGGUUGAACGCAGAAGAAGACCGGGACAUGGAUACCAUAGAUUAUGGCUUCCUGCCUAAGCCCACCUCUGCUAAAUCUCUCACAGAGUCGCCCUUUAAAGUUCACGUGGAGAAGCUGAGCCUGGAGCAGAAGACCAAAGACCUGCAGUCCUACUUGCUGCCGCUGGAGAUAGAGCUGAAGAACAGCACCGUGGACAAAUCCGGCCCAUGCCCCCACUUCAGGCCCAACCCAGGAGUCACUGCCAUUCACGACUAUGCCGGCUGGGUCAGGAACUUCUCCAGUGAAGCCGCAGAGGUUGAAGCGGUGGUGAAACAGUGGGGCUUGACAUGGACCUUGUGUGAGUCCCUGUGGGGCCAACUGAAGGAGCUGGAGGCCAGUCUCGAUGAGCCAAACGAGUACGUGAAGAACCUUGAGAGGCGGAAGGCUUUCUCCCACUGGCUGGCACAGACGGCCCAGGAGCGGAUAGAGGAAGAGGUGUCUCUGUACGGCCCAGAGCGGCACAUCGAAGCGGUGUUUAGCUACCUUACCGGGGGCAGGAUCAGCGACGCGUGCCGCCUGGCACAGAAAUCUGGGGAUCACAGGCUGUCCCUCCUGCUCUCUCAGAUGGUGGGCAGCCAGGAAGUGCGGGAUCUCAUAACCCUACAGUUGGUCGACUGGAACAAGCUGCAGGUGGAUCACUACAUCCAAGAAGAGCGGUUGCGCGUGUUCUGCCUGCUCUCGGGCACCCCGGUGUGGCGCUCUUCAGAUAACAGAAGCAUCAAUGUCUGCUCUCAGUUGGACUGGAAGCGAACGCUGGGCAUUCAUCUGUGGUACAUGCUCCCACCCACCGCCACCGUGGCACAGGCCUUACACAUGUACGAGCAGGCCUUUCAGGAACAGGAGGGCGGGGAGCCUUACGCCUGCUACCCUCUGCCCCCCUAUUUGGAAGACUGCGGCUUCAGCUUUGGGGAUGACCCUUCUGCUAAAUUCUGCUCCCUGCAAAGAGACGUCUGUGUCCAUUUGCUGAAACUGUACAGUGAGAGGCAGUAUGAUCUUUGCCAGCUGCUAGACCCCAGCAGUGCCACCCCCGACCCCCUGGACUACAGGCUCAGCUGGCACAUGUGGAUGGUCCUGCAGGCUCUGAAUUAUACCCAUCUGUCUGGGCAUCGCCAGGGGAUGCUGCACGCCAGUUACGCUGCCCAGCUGGAGAAUGUGGGGCUCUGGGAAUGGGCCAUAUUCGUACUGCUGCACAUCCAGGAUCCGCACGUCCGUGAAGCAGCCGUCCGGGAGUUGCUGAAUAGGCACUGCGUUGUGCACGACAGCCCCGAGUCCCUGGCCAAAGAGAACUUCCUAAUUCAGAGACUCUGCCUCCCAGCACAAUGGAUCCACAAAGCGAAAGCGGUCCGCUCCCGGCGGGAUGGGGACAAGCAUAAAGAGGCCUUGUAUUUACUCAAGAGCCACCAGUGGAACCAGUGCCACAAACUGGUGACCCGCCACUUGGCCGCAGAUGCCGUUAUCAAUGAGAACUACCGGUACCUGCGGGGGUUCCUGGGGGAGCUGGCCAGGCCCGAGCACUGCAAGCACAUCCAGGACUGGGAGACUGCGGGGAAGGUCUAUCUGGAUUAUAUCAGUGUCAUUGAGAUGCUCAACCAGAUCCGCCAGGACGAGUGCUCCGGCGGCGAGUUGGAGAAGUUACACACCAAAGUCAUGUCUCUGUGUAAAUGGGUCGAGCUGAUCCAGUGCUACAGUGCCAAAGGCCGAUUGGCCCAGUCGGAAAUGGCGAAACGCGUUGCCAACAUCCUUCGAGUGGUGCUGAGCCUGCAGCAGCCCCCGGAAUCCAUGUCGGACUCCUCCUCUGAGCCCCGCGUGCCUUUGAGACUGCUGGCUCCGCACAUCGGGCGCCUCCCUAUGCCGGAAGACUACGCCCUGGAGGAGCUGCGAGGCCUCACGCAGUCGUAUCUAAGGGAACUGAUCUGCGGCAGCUAAUGAUCCCGCCUCACUCUGGCCCCGCCCUGGUGCCGCCAUCAUGUGACUCCUAUUGCUCUCAGAAUAGGGAUUUUGUGUUACUGUCAGCAGAGCCAAUGGAUCCCGUUACCGGCGGAGACCGCCCCGGCCGCGUGGGGUUCCUACGGGCGCCCAACUCCUUUUAACAACGGCCGCUGAGAAAUCUUAUUUUAAACGUAUGAUUUUGUGAUAAAGGGAAUCUUGUUGCUCCGUUUGCCAAGUUCCUCUUAAACGAUGUUUAUAAAACCGUUUUUUGUAUAGGCUCCUCCCCCUCCUAUGUACAAAUAUAUUAAGUGUGAGGGGCGGGCGAGGCGGGCGCGUUCUGUAUCUGUGACACAGUUUUUAUAUGGUCGCCGCUCUCGUGGGCAGUGGGGGGAGUCGCCCCGGCGGGUCACUUCCUGCUCAUCAGACCGUCUAUUAUGUUCACCCAAUCAGGGUGGGUUUUCUUCCAGAUGCAUUUUAGACAUCUGAUUAAACUGUCUUGUGAUUUGUUAGGGUUAGAAUAAAAGCGCUUGCUGCUCAUUGGUCGGGGGCCCCCCGGGCCCUGUGGCCAGUGUUAUGGUAGUUCCACCAUCGCUGCUUUAUACAUCCCACUAUCCAAUGGCAGCUGAUUGCCCCAGGCCCCGCCCCCCAGGCCUUGGGCGGUGUCCCAUUGGAAGUGCUGGGGGGCUUUUUACUGUUGCGAUUGGUUCUUUUUAUCCGCAGAGAUGUGAGCGCCGAGAGCUUCCUCCUGUGUCUCUGAUCCGAAUGUACAAACCAAAUGCACAUUUAUUUUUACAAAGCAAAGUGAGUAUUGGUGGUGUUGGUGAGUAGCGUGAGUUAUUGGGGUGACUGUAAGGAAGCGGGGGGCUCGGCUGCUUGUCUGUAGCUCAUUGUGCCCUUUGCUCCAUGUGUAAGUGUGCCAUGCUGGGGGGCCCCGGGUAUGUGUGGCCCCUGCCUGCCUAGUUGCCCCCGAGAGUUAUUGGGGUGACUGUAAGGAAGCGGGGGGCUCGGCUGCUUGUUUGUAGCUCAUUGUUCCCUUUGCUCCAUGUGUAAGUGUGCCAUGCUGGGGGGCCCCGGGUAUGUGUGGCCCCUGCCUGCCUAGUUGCCCCCGAGAGUUAUUGGGGUGACUGUAAGGAAGCGGGGGGCUCGGCUGCUUGUUUGUAGCUCAUUGUUCCCUUUGCUCCAUGUGUAAGUGUGCCAUGCUGGGGGGCCCCGGGUAUGUGUGGCCCCUGCCUGCCUAGUUGCCCCUGAGAGUUAUUGGGGGGACUGUAAGGAAGCGGGGGGCUCGGCUGCUUGUUUGUAGCUCAUUGUUCCCUUGGCUCUGUGUGUAAGUGUGCCAUGCUGGGGGGCCCCCUGGGUAUGUGUGGCCCCUGCCUAGUUGCCCCCGAGAGUUAUUGGGGUGACUGUAAGGAAGCGGGGGGGCUCGGCUGCUUGUUUGUAGCUCAUUGUUCCCUUGGCUCUGUGUGUAAGUGUGCCAUGCUGGGGGGCCCCCUGGGUAUGUGUGGCCCCUGCCUAGUUGCCCCCGAGAGUUAUUGGGGUGACUGUAAGGAAGCGGGGGGGCUCGGCUGCUUGUUUGUAGCUCAUUGUUCCCUUUGCUCCAUGUGUAAGUGUGCCAUGCUGGGGGGCCCCGGGUAUGUGUGGCCCCUGCCUAGUUGCCCCCGAGAGUUAUUGGGGUGACUGUAAGGAAGCGGGGGGCUCGGCUGCUUGUUUGUAGCUCAUUGUUCCCUUGGCUCUGUGUGUAAGUGUGCCAUGCUGGGGGGCCCCGGGUAUGUGUGGCCCCUGCCUAGUCGCCCCGCGUCGGUGCAUGGAUUCCCGCUCUUCAGGUUUUUACCCCACAAAGUGUGAUUAUGAAUAAAUAAUAUAGGUUUUUCCUUGUGUUGCGAAGAAAUGUUUUAAUAAAAGCCGAAUAAUCCUGAA